AUGAACACCAAGACCAUGCGCCUGCCUCCCCGUCGCUUUUUGACGCCCAGUAAGCGCAAAGAGCCAGACGGUUUUCGUAACUCCGUUAAACCGUCAAUUACAACGACGACGGCCCCACCACCAACAACAACAAUCCCGUCCAAAUUACCCAAGCCGACCACAGCCGGCGCCUCCUUCGACAAGCCGCCUACGUUGCUUCCCGCGCCGGCUAAAUCCAAUCAGCUCAUCGCCGGGUACCUGGCCCACGAGUUCCUCUCCAAGGGCACGCUCUUCGGUCAACCUUUCGAUCCGGCGACGGCUCGAGCCGAGAUUGUGGCUAAGAAGCAAAAGGCGAUGAGUGCAGAGGUGGAGCCGAGCGGAGGAGGAGGAGGAGGAAGUGUUGAGCCGAGGAGGGAGGACAAGUGUGAGAGGUACGUGGAUAUAUCUGGUUUGUUGAAGAGAGAAGGGACCCACAUAGAAGGUAUAGUCAAUCCAACCCAGCUCGCUCGCUUCCUGCAGUUGUGA